GCGUCUCCCACACCACUGAGAUGAAGUAACGCUGGAGCUGGGACGAGCUCAAGCCUGUGUUGUUUGGGAUGUCGAGGAUUAAAUAUGGCCACUAGCUAGCUGCUCUGACAGAAACAGUAAGCGCUUCGGAAAGCAACCGUGAAAUAUGGACGGACAGAGCGAAAGUGGAUCUCUAUAAAGCGGUUCUCGGUGAAGCGGAGAACAUAGGCUGGUCUGGGCGGGCUUUGGCCUCAAGAAGCCUAUAAAGAUGAAUAUGGUGAAGAGGAUCAUGGGCCGGCCGCGACAGGAGGAGUGCAGCCCGCAGGACAACGCGCUGGGCCUCAUGCACCUGCGCCGCCUCUUCUCGGAGCUCUGCCACCCACCACGCCAUAUGACACAGAAAGAGCAGGAGGAGAAACUCUACAUGAUGCUGCCUGUUUUCAACCGGGUUUUUGGGAACGGUCCACCGAGCACGAUGCAUGAGAAGUUCUCAGAUCUGCUGCAGUUCACCACGCAGGUGUCCAGACUGAUGGUGACCGAGAUCAGACGGAGAGCGUCCAAUAAAUCAACAGAGGCCGCCAGCAGAGCCAUUGUGCAAUUUCUGGAGGUUAAUCAGAGCGAAGAGGCGAGCCGGGGCUGGAUGCUCCUGACCACCAUCAACCUGCUGGCCUCCUCUGGACAGAAAACAGUGGACUGUAUGACCACCAUGUCGGUGCCCUCCACGCUGGUGAAAUGUCUGUACUUGUUUUUCGACCUCCCUCACAUGCCUGAAGUUCCUGCUGCCACCCAGACUGAACUUCCUCUGGCUGACCGCAGAGCUCUGCUACAGAAAGUCUUUGUGCAGAUCAUGGUGAAGCUGUGCAGUUUUGUUUCUCCGGCAGAGGAACUUGCUCAGAAAGAUGAUCUACAGCUGCUCUUCAGUGCCAUCACCUCCUGGUGUCCCCCCCACAACCUGCCCUGGAGGAAGAGCGCUGGAGAAGUUCUCACCACCCUAUCCCGGCACGGCCUCAGCGUCAAUGUCGUGAAAUAUAUUCAUGAGAAAGAGUGUUUGUCAACAUGCAUCCAGAACAUGCAGCAGUCAGAUGACCUCUCGCCUCUGGAGAUUGUGGAGAUGUUCGCUGGGCUCUCGUGCUUCUUGAAGGACUCAAGUGACGUCUCGCAGACGCUACUGGACGACUUCCGCAUGUGUCAGGGCUACACCUUCCUGAUAGAUCUUAUGAUCAGGUUGGAACAGGCCAAAGAGGAUGAAUCCAAAGAUGCUCUAAAGGACCUGGUAAACCUGGUGACGGCUCUGACCACAUACGGUGUCAGUGACCUGAAGACAGCUUGUCUCACCACCGGUGCGCCCUUCCUGCUUCCAGGUUUUGUGGUUCCCCAGGCUUCUGGGAAAGGCCAGACGGUAAGAAACAUCCAGGCCUUCUCUGUCCUUCAGAACGCCUUUUUGAAGGCAAAAAGCGGUCGGCUGGCUCGCAUGAUCCUCGAAGCCAUCGCCAACAUCUACGCCGCCGACUACGCCAACUAUUUCAUCUUAGAGGCGCAACACACGCUGUCGCAAUUCGCAGAGAGGGUGGGGAAGCUCCCGGAGGUGCAGUCCAAGUACUUCGAGCUGUUGGAGUUUGUGGUCUUCGCGCUCAAUUACGUACCGUGCAAAGAGCUUUUCAGCGUUAGCGUGCUGUUGAAGUCAAGCACGUCUUACGGGUGCAGCAUCACAGCCACUCGCACUCUCCUCAAGAUGGUACGCCACCACCCUGUCUUCGGUGAUGUAUUUCGUGAGUUCGGACUGCUUGAAGUGCUGGUUAACCUGCUGCACAAGUACGCAGCGCUGCUGAAAGACCCAACGCAGGCACACGGCGAGCAGGGCGAUUCCAAGAACAAUGUGGCAGAAGAGCAAAAGCAGCUUGCAUGGCUUGUCAUGGAGACACUCACUGUUCUCCUGCAAGGCUCAAACACCAAUGCAGGUCUGUUCCGUGAGUUUGGUGGCGCACGUUGCGUGCACAACAUCGUGAAGUACCGUCAGUGUCGCGAGCACGCUCUGAUGAUCAUUCAACAGUUGGUCCUUUCACCAUCUGGAGAAGAUGACAUGGGCACACUGCUGGGCCUUAUGCACUCUGCACCGUCUACAGAACUGCAACUCAAAACUGACAUAUUGAGGGCUUUGCUAUCGGUCCUGCGGGAGAGCCAUCGCACACGCACCGUCUUCCGCAAGGUGGGCGGCUUCGUGUACGUCACCUCGCUGCUGGUUGCCAUGGAGCGUUCUCUAUACGUUCCACCUGUCAGUGGCUGGGAGAAAGUCAACCAGAACAAAGUCUUUGAACUUCUGCACACUGUAUUCUGCACGCUAACGGCAGCCAUGCGCUACGAACCCGCCAACUCGCACUUCUUCCUCACCGAGAUCCAAUACGAGAAGCUGGCUGACGCUGUGCGACUGUUGGGUUGCUUCUCUGGUGCUAAGAAAGUGGGUCCAGCGACCGUGUUUCCCUCAAACGCCCAACCAUUCCAGCGUUUACUGGAGGACGAGGUCGUACCGGCAGAAAACGUGUGUCCCACACUCAAGCACUGCAGCAAGCUGUUCAUCUACCUGUACAAGAUGGCCACAGACUCAUUCGACAGUCGUGCCGAGCAGGUGCCUCCCUGCUUGACUCACGAGACCUCCCUGCCCUCUCCAUGGGGCACGCCAAUAAUCGCCAGGAAGAGACAUGGAUACCACGGCUCAUCCAAUUCGGCUCCCGGUAAACCCUUACCGGACCUAAAAUUGCACUUGGGGAAUCCCACUCAGCACUCUUCAGACCCUGUAGUCAUUCACCCUGGAGCAGUGUUGGCAAUGCUCGACCUUCUACCUUCUGUUUCUUCUGAAACGCAGCCUGAGCACGCUCUGGAUCUUCAGUUAGCGGUCGCUAACAUCCUGCAGCUGCUGGUGCAUUCGGAGAGGAACCAGCAGAUCCUUUGUGAAGCCAGUCUUCACUCACGUCUUCUUCAGCGCUCCAGCUGUGCUUUGGGAGAUGAAGAUCACCCGCUCCACCCACCCCUGCAGAGGAUGUUUGAGCGACUGGCCUCACAGGCCCUGGAGCCAAUGGUGCUCAGGGAAUUUCUCCGACUAGGGAAUCCUUUGAAUUGCGGCGCAUGGGACAAAAAGCUCCUGAAGCAGUACCGCGUCCAUAAGCCAAGCUCUCUCAGCUAUGAGGCUGAAAUGCGAAACAGCUUGACUUUGUCCAUGGAGGGUUUUGGGCCGGAUAGCGUGUUCACAAUUAAUGAGGACAACAGCCAGUACCGGAUCAGCCGAAGUCUGGUGCGAUCGGCCGAGGACAGCACCGUGCCCCUCACCCGAGUCAAGUGCCUGGUCUCCAUGACAACGCCCCAUGACAUCCGCCUCCACGGCUCCUCUGUCACGCCUGCUUUCGUAGAAUUUGACACAUCAUUAGAGGGCUUUGGCUGUUUGUUUUUGCCCAGUCUGGCUCCGCACAACGCACCAUCCAGCAAUGCCAACACAUCUGGAGUCAGCGACGGGGCGGUGGUCAGCGGAAUGGGAAACGGCGAGCACUUAUUUCCACCCCCAUCCGGCCUGAGCUACUCGACGUGGUUUUGCGUUGAACGCUUCAGCACGCCACCGCAGAGCCACGCGGUUCGUCUGCUGACUGUUGUGCGAAGGGCCACCUCAUCCGAACAGCACUACGUCUGCCUGGCCAUUGUGCUUUCCGCUAAGGACCGAUCUCUCAUUGUGUCCACCAAAGAAGACCUGCUUCAGUCCUACAUGGAUGACUUCAGCGAGGAGUCGUCCUUCUAUGAGAUCCUGCCCUGCUGCGCUCGGUUCCGCUGUGCUGACCUCAUCACCGAGGGACAGUGGCACCACCUGGUGUUGGUUAUGAGCAAAGGAAUGCUGAAGAACAGCAUGGCAACCCUCUACAUCGACGGCCAGAUGGUCAACACAGUCAAGCUGCACUACGUUCACAACGCUCCCGGCGGAUCGGCCUCAGCAAACCCGCCCGUGUUGAGCACGGUGUAUAGCUACAUUGGCACACCGCCGGCCCAGCGCCAGCUCUCCGCUCUGGUCUGGCGACUGGGGCCCACACACUUUCUGGAGGAGGUGCUGCCUGCUGCCAGUGUGGCUGCCAUCUAUGAGUUGGGACCCAAUUAUGAAGGCAGUUUCCAAGCUGUUUACCUGCCAUGUAAAGACUCAAAGACUGAGACUGUACCGCCCUGCCCCGUUGCUUUGGUCCCUGAGGAGAAGGUCUCUUUCAGUCUCUAUGCCUACUCUGUGUCUACCCUCACCGUGGCAAAAAUCAGAAAGGUCUACAAUAAACUGGACAGCAAAGCCAUCGCCAAACAGUUGGGAGUUUCCUCUCAUGAAAGUGCCACACCGGUCAAGCUCGUCCACAACGCAGCGGGCCAUCUCAACGGACCUGCCAGGACUAUUGGAGCGGCAGUCAUUGGUUACCUGGGUGUGCGUGCCUUCGUUACCAAACCUGUGGCCAUCAACCUUCAGUACAUUGGAGGAGCAGCAGCCAUUCUGGGUCUGGUUGCCAUGGCGUCAGACGUGGAGGGUCUCUAUGCUGCAGUUAAAGCUUUAGUGUGUGUUGUCAAAAGCAACCCUCUGGCCAGCAAGGAGAUGGAGCGUAUCAAAGGCUACCAGCUGCUGGCCAUGUUGCUGAAAAAGAAACGGCCUUUGUUGAACAGCCAUAUUCUGCACUUGACUUUCUCUCUGGUUGGGACCGUGGAUAGUGGUCACGAGACUUCUAUCAUCCCAAACUCCAUGGCUUUCCAAGAUCUGCUCUGCGAUUUUGAGGUUUGGCUUCAUGCUCCUUAUGAACUGCACCUUUCUCUCUUUGAGCACUUCAUUGAACUUCUGACUGAAUCCAGUGAAGCUGCUAAGAAUGCCAAACUGUUGCGGGAGUUUCAGCUGAUCCCCAAACUGUUGCUCACACUGAGGGAUCAGUCUCUGUCUCAGCCAACCAUUGGUGCCAUCGGCAAUGUCCUCAGUCUGCUGCUGCAGGGCUUUCCCAACUCCUAUGACCUGCUCAGGUUUGGACAGUUUAUUUCCUCAACAUUACCAACAUUUGCAGUCUGUGAGAAGUUUGUGGUUAUGGAGAACACAAAUGAAGAAAAGCUUGACCGAGGAGCUGAUGAUGAGUUUGGUGGCCUCCUGUCAUCUAACCUGAUUCUUCUGCGGAACAAACUGCUGGACAUCCUGCUCAAGCUGCUUUUUACCUGCAAGGAGAAGAACACGGUUAAUACACAGGCAUGUGAAGAGCUUGUACGCACGUUGGGUUUUGAUUGGGUGCUGAUGUUUAUGGAAGAGCACAUUCACUCCAGCACGGUGACGGCAGCUCUCAUUAUCUUGGUGGUGUUGCUGAGUAACCAAUCCAUUCUGAGCCGGUUUAAAGAGGGCCUGACGGGAGGAGGCUGGCUGGACCACACAGACUCCGUGCUUACUAAUAAAAUCGGCACUGUUCUGGGUUUUAAUGUGGGUCGCAGCGCAGGGGGCAGGUCAACGUUACGUGAAAUCAACAGAGAUGCCUGCCAUUUCCCAGGAUUCCCUGUGUUGCAAACACUACUGCCCAAACACACUAACGUCCCGGAGAUUUACUUCCUGCUCAUGGCCCUCUUCCUGCAGCAGCCAAUCACAGACCUGCCAGACAGCCUGCAGGUACAUUUUGACUUGGACUCUAUCUGGACGUUCAUAUUUGGUGUGCCAGCCUCCAGUGCUACAGUGAUGGGCUCCAUUCACAACAUGUGCACUGAUGCGGCGUUCCUUCUUCUAGCAAUGCUGCGCAGCAUGCUCAACCUGCCGUGGCAGUCUGAAGAGGAAGGGUCCUGGCUGAGAGAAUAUCCCAUCACUCUCAUGCAGUUUUUCCGUUACCUCUACCACAACAUCCCAGACCUGGCACCCAUGUGGCACAGCCCGGACUUCCUGUGUACACUCGCUGCUGCAGUUUUCCCUUUCAAUAUUCGGCCUUAUUCUGAGAUGGUGAGUGAUUUGGAUGAUGAAGCAGGCUCACCUACAGAAGAGUUCAAGGCCUUCGUGACAGAUUCAGGAAUGAAUCGCAGCCAGUCAGAAUACUGCAAUGUGGGCACUAAAACCUACCUGACCAAUCACCCAGCCAAGAAGUACGUUUUUGACUUCAUGAGGGUCCUUAUCAUGGAUAACCUGUGCAUGACACCCGCCAGCAAACAGACCCCCAUCAUUGAUCUUCUGCUAGAGGCCUCACCGGAGCGCUCCACCAGAACCCAGCAGAAAGAGUUUCAGUCAUAUAUCUUGGACAGUGUGAUGGAUCAGCUCCUCGCAGCAGAUGUUUUAUUGGGUGAGGAGGCAUCAUUGCCAAUAACAACUGGAGGAAGUUAUAACAUUCUGGUCAACAAUGUCUUCUACUUCACCCAGCGUGUUGUGGAUAAGUUGUGGCAGGGCAUGUUCAACAAAGAGUCCAAGCUAGUGGUGGAAUUCAUAGUUCAACUCAUUACCCAGUCCAAACGGCGAUCGCAGGGUUUGUCUCUGGACUCUAUCUACCAUUGUCUGAACCGAACCAUCCUCUACCAGCUGUCUCGUCCACACAAGACUGUCCCGCAGCAAGUCACCUUGCUGGACUCGCUACGCGUGCUGACAGUAAACCGAAACCUCGUGCUGGGACCCGGAAACCACGACCAGGAGUUUGUGGCCUGUCUGGCUCACAGCUUGAUUAACCUGCACACGGGGAGCAGUGUGGAGGGCUUUGGACUGGAGGCUGAGGCCAGAAUGACCACCUGGCACGUUGCUGUGCCUUCCGAGAACGAGUCAGAUAGUGUUCAGAGCCAGGAUGUUAGCGAAGGUCGUCAGUUGCUGCUUAAGGCGGUGAAUCGAGUGUGGACAGAGCUCAUGCAUAGCAAAAGACAAAUGCUGGAGGACAUUUUUAAAGUGUCUCUACCCGUCAAUGACAGAGGACACGUGGACAUCGCCACCGCAAGACCUGCGCUUGAGGAACCCGCUGCCAAAAGCUGGCAAAACCACCUGAUCCAUGAGAAGAAAUCCAUCAGCAGGGGUGAGACGGUUGCCCCGGCAAAUCAGUCCAAACUGUCUCGGGUCAGCAGCGGCUUCGGGCUGUCCAAACUGACCGGAUCUCGUCGGAGCAAGAGGGAAAGCGGAAUAAACAAAAACCACCUUUCCGCUCAGGAAACGUUCCAGUGGAUGUUUACACACAUCGCUGUGGUUCGAGACUUGGUGGCAAUGCAGUACAAGGAGUAUCAAGAGAGGCAGCAAAAUGCAUUGAAAUAUGUAAUGGAUGAGUGGGCGGGGAUUGAAUACGAGCUGCUUCGGGAGAGAGGACUCUGGGGGCCUCCCAUUGGUUCCUUUCUGGACAAGUUUCAAUUGGACAUGACUGAGGGUCCCUGUAGAAUGAGGAAAAAGAUGGUUCGGAACGACAUGUUUUACAUUCAUUAUCCUUACGUGCCUGAUCCUGAGCCCAACGCAAGCACUCAGAAACCAGCGCGGUACCGGCGAGCGAUCAGCUAUGACAGUAAGGAGUAUUAUAUGAGACUGCUGUCAGGGAACCCGGGCAUGUACCAGCACUCUAUAGAACAAAACACUGAGGGAGAGACGACACAGCAAGAACCUGAACACGGGGAGGACACCAUCGCAAGGGUCAAAGGUCUGGUAAAGGCUCCUUUAAAGCGCUCUAGGUCCACAGCAGAUGGAGGAGAUGAGGAAAGUCAGGACCAGCUGCAGGAGUUGCUGGAGUCAGGAGCUAUGGAUGAGGAACAGAAAACAGACAACACCACGCUGCUCCGCCUGCUGGAGGAGGGAGAGAAGAUCCAGCACAUGCACCGCUGUGCACGAGUUCAGGGUCUGGACACCAGUGAAGGGCUUCUCUUAUUUGGCAAAGAACAUUUCUAUGUUAUCGAUGGCUUCACGAUGACUGUGACCAGAGAGAUUAGAGACAUCGAGACACUCCCAGCAAAUAUGCAUGAGCCCAUCAUCCCUCGAGGGGCGCGGCAGAAUAAGAGUCAGCUGAAACGCUCCUGCAGCAUCUUUGCUUAUGAAGACAUCAGAGAGGUGCACAAACGUCGCUACCUGCUUCAGCCAAUGGCAGUAGAAGUGUUUUCAGGUGACGGGAGAAAUUAUCUACUGGCUUUCCAAAAAGGAGUCCGGAACAAAGUCUAUCAAAGGUUUCUGGCAGUCGUUCCCUCGCUGGCUGACAGCUCAGAAUCUGUCUCUGGACAGCGUCCCAACACAAGUGUGGAACAGGGGUCUGGCCUUCUCAGUACGUUGGUUGGCGAGAAGUCAGUGACCCAGAGAUGGGAGAGAGGCGAAAUAAGUAACUUCCAGUACCUGAUGCAUCUCAAUACGUUGGCGGGCAGGUCUUACAAUGAUCUGAUGCAGUAUCCGGUCUUUCCGUGGAUCCUGGCAGACUUUGACUCUGAGGAACUGGACCUUAACAAUCCAAAGACAUUCCGAAAUCUAUCCAAACCCAUGGGUGCUCAGACAGAUGACAGAUUGAUCCAGUACAAGAAACGAUUUAAAGAUUGGGAGGAUCCUACUGGUGAGACUCCAGCAUAUCAUUACGGCACUCAUUACUCCUCUGCAAUGAUCGUGGCCUCAUAUCUGGUCAGAAUGGAGCCGUUCACUCAGAUCUUCCUCAGGCUUCAGGGUGGCCAUUUCGAUUUGGCCGACCGAAUGUUUAAUUGUGUGCGGGAGGGAUGGCUCUCUGCUUCCAAACACAACAUGGCUGAUGUUAAAGAACUCAUCCCUGAGUUCUUCUAUCUCCCGGAGUUCCUGCUCAAUUCCAACAACUUCGACCUUGGGAGUAAACAAAAUGGCACCAAGCUUGGAGAUGUGAUUCUGCCUCCGUGGGCUAAAGGAGAUCCAAAAGAGUUCAUCAGAGUUCACAGAGAGGCGUUGGAGUGUGACUAUGUCAGCGCUCAUCUGCAUGAGUGGAUCGACCUGAUCUUUGGUUAUAAGCAGCAGGGUCCUCCAGCAGUGGAGUCCGUUAAUGUAUUUCACCAUCUCUUCUAUGAGGGUCAGGUGGACAUCUACAAUAUUAAUGACCCGCUUAAAGAAACUGCUACCAUUGGAUUCAUCAACAACUUCGGACAGAUCCCAAAACAGCUGUUCAAGAAGCCACAUCCUCCUAAGCGGGUGCGUAGUAAGUCAAAUGGAGAAGUCCCUGGUGUUCCCGUUACACUGAACUCCACCUUAGACAAGAUCUUCUUCCAUCAUUUGGACAACUUACGGCCUUCACUCACCCCUGUCAAAGAGCUAAAGGAGCCAGCGGGUCAGAUAGUGUGCACUGACAAGGGCAUUCUGGCUGUCGAGCAGAACAAAGUGUUGGUUCCCCCUGCCUGGAACAAGACCUUCGCCUGGGGCUACGCAGACCUCAGCUGCAGACUCGCUAACUAUGAGUCUGACAAGGCAGUGGUAGUAUACGAGUGUUUGUCCGAAUGGGGGCAGAUCCUGUGUUCUAUCUGUCCAAACCCCAAACUGGUCAUUACUGGAGGACUCAGUACAGCCAUCUGUGUGUGGGAGAAUGGGACCUCUAAAGAAAAAGCCAAGUCGCUUACACUCAAACAGGCUCUUCUGGGACACACAGAUGCAGUAACCUGUCUCACAGCAUCAUCAGCUUACCACAUCAUCGUGAGUGGCUCCCGAGACCGAACAUGCAUCGUCUGGGACCUGAAUAAACUGUCUUUCGUCACACAGCUGAGGGGACACCGGGCUCCUGUCUCAGCGCUCUGCAUCAACGAGCUGACCGGUGAUAUAGUAUCCUGUGCUGGAACGUAUAUUCAUGUGUGGAGCAUCAAUGGAAAUCCCAUCGCCAGCGCAAACACUUUCACCGGCCGCAGCCAACAGAUUCUCUGUUGCUGUGUGUCUGAGAUGAAUGAGUGGGACACACAGAACGUUAUCGUCACGGGACACUCCGACGGUGUUGUUAGGUUCUGGAGAAUUGAGUUUCUGCAAGUCCCAGAAACCCCGGCUCCACAGCCUAUAGAGCCCCCUGAUAUUGCAGACUGCUGUGGAGAGAUGGAGGGUCGUGAAGCUCCAGAAGAUGACAGUAGUGAAUCUGAGGGAGAGGAGACCAGUCUCAGUCAGGACACCAAACCUCGGACUUCAAACAGCCAGCCCAGCAGUACCGUCCACAGGCCCAAACCCCGCUCCGGAGCCGCCUGGUCGGUUGACAGUGGCUCAGACGACUCCCGCCGCUGGUCGGACACAAUCAGCAUUGAUGAAAAGGAUGGCUUUGUUUUCGUAAACUACUCGGAGGGCCAGAUGAGACCAGGAAUUCAAUCGCACCAACAUUCCCAACCUAACUCGGCACCCCCACAUGGGCCAGUUCCACAACCCCUUCAGCCCAGUAAUAUGGAGGCACGUUCAUACAACAAACUCAAACCAGGCUACAGAUGGGAGAGACAGCUGGUGUUCCGGAGCAAACUCACCAUGCACACAGCGUUUGACCGCAAGGACAACGCUCAUCCUGCGGAAAUCACAGCGCUCGCCAUUUCAAAAGACCACAGUAAGAUUCUGGUGGGUGACGGCCGGGGCAGAGUGUUCAGCUGGUCUGUCAGCGAUCAGCCGGGACGCUCCACCGCAGACCACUGGGUGAAAGACGAGCAGGUGGACAGCUGCUCUGGAUGCACCGUACGCUUCUCCCUCACUGAAAGACGCCACCACUGCAGAAACUGCGGCCAGGUCUUCUGCCAGAAGUGCAGUCGCUUCCAGUCGGAGAUCAAGCGGCUGAAGAUCUCCUCUCCUGUGCGAGUGUGUCAAAACUGUUACUACAACCUGCAGCAUGAGCGGAGCUCUGAAGAGAGCCCUAGAAACUAGACCACCCGCACCACAGCUCUCACCCCUUAAAAAACCCAUCUCACUGCUCUCUGUGCAAAAAACCCCAUUUGUAAAGCACUGACGUAGACCAAAACGGAAUCACUAAUACUAAUUUCGUAUAUUGCGGAGGUGUCACCAUUAAAGAGAGACGAUCUUUUCCAUUUAUGCAUUUUUCUGUUGCAGUAUGCUCCGUCAUCUCAGGAUUGGCGUCAUCGCACCAAAACUGCAAUGAUCCGAUUAUAGGAAAAGCAAUGCGUAUUAAACACUUUCUCAUGGAACGAGGUGACAUAUUGUUUAUAUUGUAAAUACUUACAAUGGCCUUUUUAACUAGAAACAGUGAAACAAAAAGUCAUUAUUAAAAGAUAAACAAACACGACACGUUGCUUGUAAUAUAGUAUUAUAUUAAAAAUCACUUCUGGCUUUAAAAAAACAAAACGCGAGUGCGUGUAGUUGAUGUCACGAGUCACAUCAUCCCAGUCGGAAUAUUAUCGGGGACUAUGAAUGUUGAUCAUGUUUGUGAGUUGACAUUACUAGCGUGUCUAGUUAUGCAAAAGCUUCUUUUAUUUGUUUCGUAUGUUCUGUUAAAGUGUUGCCCGCAGUAUCAGCAUGUUGCCAAUAGAAGCAAACUAUUUAGUUUCCUUUUUGUCGCCAAACUGCCUUGAUGUGUGACUUAUCAUGUUUUUCUGAAGUGUAGGACGACGAUAGUAUGUACAUUUUGAAUAUAGAUGAAAGGCUGCUGAUGUUUUUCACUUUAAAUCGUUUUUAAUGAUGGGACAGAUUUAUCAGGAAAGGUUUCGCAAGCCUUUAGAUGAUUCCACAUCCGUUUUUAUUAUUAUUACUAUUAUGCAUUUCAAAGACGGGAGUAUUUAUGGUCACAAGAAAGAUUAGAGUAUGAGAGAUGUUUCUGAAAGUGAGAUCUCUGAUGACUAUUGGAUGUUAUUGCUCUCUCUGUACAUUUUUGUGUAGUGUCAGACUUCUCUCGUUCUCUUAACAAGAUUUUUUUGUCACAUAUUUAUCAGUAAAUUAGACGGUUUUAUUGUUGCUAAGCAAGAUCAUGACAAAAUGAGUUUAUUAAAACCUCAAUUUCUUUCCUAUUUUUAAAAUAUCAAUUUUAACCGUUUGCCGAGUUGCACCAGUGUAAAUGUUUGUUUGUAUAUUAUUAAAGCAAUAGUUACUGAUAUUUUCACUCCAUUUACAUUUCUGGAAAGACUGUAGCUUGAACGUUUUUGCGUAAAAUGAAAAAGGGAUUUAACACGUUUUAAUGUAUAAAAAGAAGACUGGAAGCCUAGUAAUAACCUUACAAGACUAUGAAAGAGUACGUUUUUUUUUUCAUCUGUCCAUUUGUCUUUGAUGCUGUGGGCAAUACAAUAUUAAAAAUGCUGCUUCGAUAUAAUGGAGAGAUUUCCUUUCUCAUUCUUUUCUGACACUUGCAUCCUUAAAAAGAUGCAUUCAACAUUUUGUUACACAUGCAUUUGUUGUUUUUCGUAUGAUUUCUGGCUUUUGCUAUCCAGCCUAAUAUGCACUCUUUAUAGUUUAUUAUAAAUUAAUGUACUGUAAUUCAGUGUGCAAUCUUAACAUCAAGCUGUUGGGAUUUUGCUGUCGACAAGCAGUUUAAAGAUCAAAUGGCUAUAUCAAUCUGAAAUUUUUUUUGCACCUUGACAUGUAGACAAAAAAGACAUUGAGUAAUCAUUGUUUUAUCAAAUGCAUUUGUAUGUUGUGGGCUGUUAUUUUUUAAAUGGUGCAUUUCAUUACAGUGAAAUGAACUGUACAAAGUAUUUAUGCAAUUACAAGGUUUUCUUUUUUAUGAGUUUUGUAAUUUUCCAGCAGGUUUUGUUACGUGUUGCAUGUUUAACACAGCUGACUUUGUGUCGGUGUAUUGUUCAUGUUUUGGCAUUACAUUUUAGUUCGUUAUCUGUUUUUUGGCUUAUGAUUAUGGCAUUAUCUAACAGCUAGAUCCUGAAGCCCUGAACGUUUCGUGUACAGUUUAGGCAGGUAUACUGAAGAUAUAUCCCACCACUUCUGAGUUGACUUUUCUACUCUUAUAUAUGGAUGUUAAGGACUGAUCCCAGGACUGAUGAAAUACACACGAAUUGUCCCUUUUUUGGUGGUCUUGUGAUAGACUGCAUUACUACAGUAUCUAGUGUGCAAGACUGUGGUAGCUGAAUGUUCAUUGUAUAUUUGUGUUGGAAAAACGAUUACCCUCUACCCAUAAAGUAACCCUAUACCUGUUAUUAUGAUGCAAUAGAUAUGGUACUCAUACUUUUUAAUUUAAUUUCAAUUAAAUACUUGCUGUUUACCACCUA